UUCUACGGUUUUUGCGUUUUAGAUUAGAGAAACCUACCCACCAGUCACCACCGGCUUAUUUCGUUAUCGGUACUAUUCUGUAUCGGUGUCUCUUCCACAAUUAGACAUUGCUUUACGUACGGACCAAGUCUGAAGCAAAGGAUCGGAGCAGCCGUUAGUUGCAGCCUUUCCCACCUCUACGGGCACGAUCCGGUCGUCGCUGGAGCUCCGAUUUCACCGUGCAAGUGGGUGGUCUAGAUUAAUGGGAAAGAGGAGGUGGUUGAUAUCGGCAAUAUUUAUAUACCUAAUUGCUUUCUCUUUUGGGAGAGAACUCAGGGUCAAGGAGGAUCAUAGCUCCAUUUAUAAUCAUACCCUGGCCCAGAUAUUGGUGUCGUAUGCAUCUGCAGUGUACGUAGCAGAUUUGACAGAAUUAUUUACUUGGACAUGUGCAAGAUGUGAUGGUUUGAUCAAGGAAUUUGAAGUCAUAGAGUUGGUUGUUGACAUUCAGCACUGCUUACAGGGUUUUGUCGGAGUGGCAAAAGAUCUAAAUGCCAUCAUAAUUGCAUUUAGAGGAACUCAGGAACACAGCAUAAUGAAUUGGAUUGAAGACUUGUAUUGGAAACAGCUUGACUUAAACUACCCUGGCAUGGAUGAUGCAAUGGUGCACCGUGGAUUUUAUUAUGCUUACCACAACACAACUAUACGCCCUGCAGUUUUAAAUGCUAUUAAAAGGGCAAAGGAGUUGUAUGGAGAAAUUCCCAUUAUGGUGACUGGGCACUCGAUGGGAGGGGCAAUGGCCUCCUUUUGUGGAAUUGAUCUAAAGGUUAAUCAUGAGGCCCAGAAUGUUCAAGUUAUGACAUUUGGACAACCUCGUGUUGGCAAUGCAGUUUUUGCAUCUUACUACAACAAACUUGUCCCAAAAACAAUACGAGUCACAAAUGAUCGUGAUAUCGUGCCUCAUUUACCUCCAUACUAUUACUAUUUUCCUCAAAAGACAUACCACCACUUCCCAAGAGAGGUUUGGCUUUACAACAUUGGAUUGGAAAGUCUUGUAUAUAAAAUCGAGAAGGUCUGUGAUGGUACUGGAGAAGACCCAUCCUGUAGCAGGUCGGUAACUGGUACCAGCAUCUCUGACCAUUUAGUUUAUUACGGUGUCGAAUUAAUGUCCGGAGUACCAGGAACGUGUAGAAUUGUGAUGGAUCCUCGCAUUGCAGAGUAUGGCACAAGGGAUCUUAGCGGAAACUUUGUCUUGUCCAGAGUUCCUACCACUCCAGUUAUCAGAUUGAAUACAGAGGCAUGUAUUGAGGGCAGAUCCGAAUUGAAUUAAUUUGGUCAUAGCAUGAUCUCUCUUGCAAGAUAUCUUAGAGAGGACAGGUUUAAAUUGACAGCCUGUACAAGUGUAUUCACUUUUUUGUAUUAAGCCCUUCCAUAAGGUCCUAAAGCUGAAUAUUAUUGCAAGGGACUGGGAAUGGGAAAUAAUUUGUGUAUAUAUGAAUUGUGUACAUCUUCAUCCUUGUUAAUAUGAUCCAACGUUGUUUUCAUUA